AUGGCCAAGCACCACCGCACGCCGGCGCGCUCCGCCGAGCCCGUCAUCGAGGUCAAGAGCAAGUUCGACGCUGAAUUUCGCCGCUUUGCCAUGAAGCGCUCUGGUGCUGGCAGCUUCCAGGACUUCUACCAGCUGCUGCAGACAGUGCACCAGAUCCCACGGGUGGACGUGCUUCUGGGCUACACUGACAUCCACGGCGACCUCCUGCCCAUCAACAACGAUGACAACUACCACAAAGCCCUGUCCUCUGCCAACCCCCUCCUCAGGGUCAUCAUCCAAAAGAAGGCAGAGUCCGAUGCCAGCGUCUUCGCCUCCAACUCCUUGCAGCGGAAGAAGAAAGGGCUGCUGCGCCCGGCGCACUACCGGGCUAAGCCUCACCUCCUGAUCGGGAUGCCCCAGGACUUCCGUCAGAUCUCCUCCAUCAUCGACGUGGACAUCCUGCCCGAGACGCACCGGCGCGUGCGGCUGCACAAGCACGGCUCCGACAAACCGCUGGGCUUCUACAUCCGCGACGGCGUCAGCGUGCGCGUGGCCCCGCAGGGCGUCGAGAAGGUGCCCGGCAUCUUCAUCUCCCGCCUGGUGAAGGGCGGCUUGGCCGAGAGCACGGGGCUGCUGGCGGUGAGCGACGAGAUCCUGGAGGUGAAUGGCAUCGAUGUGGCCGGCAAGUCCCUGGACCAAGUGACGGACAUGAUGGUGGCCAACAGCCACAACCUCAUCAUCACCGUCAAGCCGGCCAACCAGCGCAACAACGUCAUCCGCAGCAGCAAGGCCUCGGGCAGCUCCGGCAUGUCCACGGACAGCACCCCCAGCCAGCAGACCCCCAGCCCGGCCUCGCAGUACCUGAGCAAUUACAGCACGGCCGAGAGCGACGAGGAGGGCGACCUGGUCAUCGAGAGCGACAGCGCGUCCCACUACAUCCCCGGGGGCUGCCCCAACGGGGGCCCCGCGGACGGACCCCUGCAGCGGAGCCUGUCCCCGCACAGCUCGCGGGGCUCCCUGCAGUCCCUCGGCAGCCACGACGGCAGCCCUGGCAGGGGCAGCGGACGGGAGGAUGGCACCCUCCUCACCCUAUAG